UUUUAUUUAGACUCGUUUUUGGUCUAACCGGAAGUUUACUACUAGUGGGAACUCAGGAUUUCGUGGAUUAAUUUUACGUUUCUUCGCAGUUCCAGACGGUCGUCGAGUUACCAGAGACCUGUGUCCUGAAAAACAAUGUCGAAAGAAGAGGAGAAGCAGCUGGGUCAGGAGGGGAUAGUGGACCUGGAGGAGCCCAAGAAAAUGACCAGAGAGGACUGGAGGAAGAAGAAGGAGCUGGAGGAGCAGCGCAAACUGGGCAAUGCUCCUGCAGAGGUGGACGAAGAAGGAAAGGACAUCAACCCUCACAUUCCUCAGUAUAUUGCGUCCGUCCCAUGGUACAUUGACCCCUCAAAGAGACCUACACUCAAGCACCAGAGGCCUCAGACAGAGAAACAGACAGAGUUCUCAGCUAUCGGAGACUGGUAUAAGAGAGGAGUGCAGGAUAAAUCUGUCGCUACAAAAUACAGAAAAGGGGCAUGUGAGAAUUGUGGAGCCAUGACACACAAGAAGAAGGACUGUCUGGAGCGGCCCAGAAAGGUUGGGGCCAAGUUCUCCGGUACUGGAAUUGCUCCAGAUGAGCACCAACAAAUCCAGCUCUUAAUGGACUAUGAUGGGAAGAGAGACCGCUGGAACGGCUAUGACCCAGACGAACAUAUGCGCAUUGUGGAGGAGUACGCAAAAGUUGACCUGGCUAAGCGCACUUUGAAAGCCCAGAAGCUACAGGAGGAGUUGGCCACAGGAAAACUGAUGGAUCAAACAGAGAGAGAGCACAACAGCGAGGAUGAGGACGAGGAUAAAUAUGCGGAUGAUAUCGACAUGCCUGGGCAGAACUUUGACUCUAAGAGACGCAUCACUGUAAGGAAUCUGAGGAUCAGGGAGGACAUUGCUAAGUACCUGAGAAACCUGGACCCAAACUCAGCUUACUACGACCCAAAGACCCGAGCCAUGAGGGAAAACCCAUAUUCCAACACCGGCAAGAAUCCAGAGGAGGUGGGUUAUGCUGGAGACAACUUUGCCCGCUACACUGGAGACACAAUUUCCAUGGCACAGACCCAGCUCUUUGCCUGGGAGGCGUACGAAAGGGGGUCAGACGUGCACCUGCAGGCUGAUCCCACCAAACUGGAGUUGCUGCAUCAGUCCUUCAAGGUCAAGAAGGAAGACUUCAAAGAGCAACAGAAGGAGAGCAUCCUGGAGAAGUAUGGAGGUCAGGAGCACCUGGACGCUCCUCCACGGGAGCUGCUGUUGGCUCAGACGGAGGACUACAUGGAGUACUCUCGGCAUGGAGCCGUCAUUAAGGGUCAGGAGAAAGCAGUGGCCCGCUCAAAAUAUGAGGAGGACGUUCUUAUUAAUAACCACACUUGCAUCUGGGGUUCUUACUGGAAAGACGGCAAUUGGGGAUACAAAUGCUGCCACUCACUGGUCAAACAGAGUUACUGCACUGGAGAGGCUGGCAAGAAAACAGUGAGCUCCACAUGUGUUCCAUUUGAGGAGGGCUUAGACGACGCAGAAGAGGAGGCUCCAAAGACGCUUCUAGAGAUGCACCAAGAAAAGAUGAAGGAAAAGAAGAAGAGCAAGAAACACAAGAAGAAGGAUGUGGACAGCAGCGACGAGGAAGAUGAAGCUAAGAAGAAGGAGAAGCUGAAAAGGGCGUUGACUGCAGAGGACCAGCGCUUGAAGCAGGUGGCAGAGAUAAUGCAGAUGGAUGAGAGAAAGAGGCCCUACAACAGCCUGAAGGAGGUGCGCGAGCCCACAGAGGAGGAGAUGGAGGCCUUCCGUAUGAAACGCAGCCGGCCUGAUGACCCCAUGGCCUCCUUCCUCAACCAGUGAUGGAGAACGACUCUUUCUGUUUUUUUGUCCUUUGCCCUAUUGGCUCCAACAGCACGUUAAAUAAGUCAUCUUGCUGAUCCACCUACUUUUUUGUAAGGGCAAAGAACUGGACUUCAUCAACCAUUUGCUGACCAUAGUCUUGUUUGUUCUGGUUUGGCAGUACAUGAUUAUGAAUCCUCAGUAAUUAAAACCUGUAAAUACAGCGUGCAUGGCAAAAUGUGACAUUGGUUCUUGAUACAUAGCUCAUUUCUUUUUUUUGUAAUAAUAUAUAGAUUUUAACCAGGCAUUGUGCUUUUUGUUCUUUAGUGCUGUUAGGGUUACAGUGAAUAAGGAUUUGCCCUGCUAGCUCGUUUUAAGGGACCAAUAUCUUACAUUUUAUUAUUUUAUUUUCUCUCCUGAGGAUCACUCAUAAAGUUUGUUGUGGGUUUAUAAACCAAAAAUGGUAGUAUUUUUUCACAUGACCAUUUUUUUCAACCUCUCUUUGUCCCUUGGAAUUAAACAGGCUCUUUUUGUUACUGUGCUUUUAAUACUGAUAUAUGUAAGUGAGCUGUGUUCUGUAUCAUGUCUCAUGCAAAAAACAGAGCUUCUAAGAGAGAAUUCCUCCUUUUUCUCAAAGACAGCACAGCAGCAUUUCACGGUUAUUAUUCAGAUAAUCUACAGAUAUAGUAUGUCAUUUGGCUGAAUCAAGAUAAUGUUACAGAAACAUGAAAUUAAACCAUGAAUCAUGA